AUGUCUAACAAUCCUUCACCAUCAAUGUACGCGAAUGCAAGCUCCUCACGACGAACAGAAACCCCUCGGAAUACCCCUCAAAAUUGGGUUAUCCGGCGACAAAGAUCCCGUCGGAACAUGAACAAGGUCAGAGGAAGAUUCAACUCUCGAGCUGGAAUUUCAUCAACUAGGAUUAAUGAACAAGGACCGAUUGUUGCAACACGUUCUCCAAUGUUAACUCAAGUUACCCCACCACCGCCGCCGCCACUUCCAUCACAAGGAAGCUGCAGGCGGCAUUCCUGCAACAACUCUAUUCCCAAUGUAGUUGAUUCAACAAGGUUGAUGCCUAAAUACAGGCCUGAAGGAAGUAGAACACCAAUGAUAUUUGAUUCGAAUUGGAAAGGGCAGCCAAGUUCAUCGCCUAAUUUGGCAGUUCUGGCAGCGGUUUCUGAUCAAGAAAAUGAAACCAGGAUUCAGCAUCAAGGAAAGAGCCAUGGGAGAGGUAGAAUUGGCCGUUUGGAAACUAGCUUGAAGGGAGAAAACGUUUUUGACCCCCAAGGAUCUCAAGAAACGGUAUCAUUGCAGGGGGCGAUAAACCGAGAAGUCGCGCAUUUGAUUCCAAUGUAUGAGAACUUCUUAGAGUCACUAUUUGCGGUUGAAAUUGAGUUUGAUGAGAACGAAAUACAAAAACGUGUUGAAGACUUAACGGCGUGCCUUCAAGCUCCUCAAUCAUUGGAUAAUCCCUUUGUAAAUGGUCCCGAUUUAGGGAAAAAAGAAAAUAAUAAUACCGAUGAAAACAAGAAGGAAGAAGAAAUACAAGGCAGGAGGAACGAUGUGGCAAGGCAAAAGAACGAGAGAACUGGCGCAAAGGCAGAAACAAACAGGAUGGAGAAAAGCAUAGCUGAGAAACGUGAAUACGUGAGAGAAGCUCUAAACACAUCUUUAUACCGUACAUCCGAUCAAAGGGGCCCGGAAUAUUGCCCAUUCUUUCCCUUUUGGAAUUCGCAAGGGACCAAAGCUGAUGAUAAGGACUAUCUUGAAUUCAAGAGGAGCUUUGAAGCUCUUACCAGUGGGCCUGAUAAUAAAGUCCGUUUCGGUCCCGAGUUUGUGAUCCCUGAUGAUAUCAAUAUCAACAAGGAUACUUUGGCUAAUAAUUACCAAAACAAGAAAGUAGUAAAAGGGAUGACCACUUUGGCUUUUCUUUUCAAACGUGGUGUUAUUGUUGCUGCUGAUCAUCCACCUGGCGCUAAGAAGUGCUAUGUCGGAAUCCCUGUCGAGGAUGGGGCGAAGUUGAUGUCGGAAACUCUGUUGCGUUCUUCUCAUCAGGAAGAGGGUUUGUCAUUAACAACAAUGAUCACAGGAUUGGACAAAAAGGGUUGUAAUUUGUAUUGCGUGGAUGGUAAGGGUGAUUUGUGUAGGGGAGUGAAGUAUGCGACUGGAUCAGGUUGGGAAAGAGCUUUUGUGAAUAUGGAUAUGUAUUAUCUUGUUGAUAUGUCCGUGGAGCGAGCUACGGAAAUUGGGAAACGAGCAAUUUGCAGGGCUGGAUAUAAGGCUAAAGAAACUGGCGGAUUCUCCUCCGGUUACUACAUCGGACCUGAUGGUUUUGAGAUUAUGGAUGAAGCAAUGGAGAUAUUAGCCAUUCCAAAUUUACCAUGGAUUUCAAGAAAUUUAGAUUUUGAUGACCAUUCGCAUACAUUCAUUGAAAUUGGAUUCGAUGAGACUGUUCCCUCUCCUUCCCGUGGCAUUAAUCCCUCAGUGGAUGGUCACAGUUCCAAUAAAAGUGAUAAAAAUGCUGUCGAAAACAGGAUUGAAGAAACAGAAGGCGCAACCAAUGACACGGGAGCAGCAGUACCGGGGAAGGUGGGAACCGAUCAGCUGGAUGUGGAGGAAGAAUGUGGUUUUGCAGGUUUGAUUCCAUAUUUGGAAAAUGAUGACUUUGAAGAUUUGAUUAAAUGGCCCGACGAGCAGUUCUUUUCCUAUCCUGACCCAUACGGGUUUGAUAAUAUGUGA